AUGAGCUUUGUACAUCUUCUUGGCUUGACUAUCGCUCGAGACCGGGCGGAAAAGAACGGCAAAUAUUCCGAUCACAUUCGCUCAAGUACAAACGGACGUAACGCUUGUUUUCCGCGCCGAGUGCUAAUCACAGUGUUGUAUUGCGGUUGCUUUUUUUCUUUUGGAACCACAAUGGCUAUUUUGGGACCAACAUUGAUGGAGUUAGGCCACUUGGUUCACCAUGGUCUAGAUAUGAUGAGCUGGUUGUUUUUUACUCAAGCGGCGUACGCACUGUUGGGAGCGAGCGUAGCAGGGAUUUUAUUGGACAGGUAAGAUUCCGGCCACAUAUUCUACGGAAAUUCGCUUUAUUUCAAAGUUGAUAGUCGGUGAAGCAGACUUGGGAAUUACAUUCAAAGACUUAAUUGGGGCCACCUUAAAGGCCAUAAUAAACAGCACCAGGAGGAAGGUAUAGUUACGGCUCAGUAGCUUUCAUUGAUGACCAGUCCCUCUUUAGAUUUCAGCCAUCCGUGAACAGCAUGAUAAUUCAUUAAAAUGUUAGCGAUUUAGAAUUCCUUCAACAUACUUAAAAGUUGCAACUACCUUGUAACGCACAAUAAACAGUAGUACAGGAAAGUACUGUUCAGUAGCUUUCAUUUGAGUGGUCACUCUUCAGGAUUUCAUCCACAGACUCAAAAGUUAGAACCACCUUGUACAGCAAAAUAAACAGUAUCACAGGAAAGUACUGCUCAGUAGCUUUCCUUUAAAUGGUAACACUUUAAGGUUUCAUCCACAGGCUUUAAAGUUAAAACCACCUCUUACAGCAUAAUAAACAGUACUACAGGAAAGUACUGCUCAGUAGCUUUCAUUUGAAUGGUCACAAGUUAGGAUUUCAUCCACAGACUCAAAAGUUAAAACCACCUUGUAAGGCAUAAUAAACAGCACCACAGGAAAGUACUGCUCAGUAGCUUUUGAUUGAAUGGUAACAACUAAGGAUUCCAUCAACAAUUAAAAGUAGAAAAACCAAACAUCACCUAAAACUUACGCCAAAAAGUUAAAAAAAAAACAAUGGUAUUAUGGGAAGCCUACCCUGGAUGCAAGUCAGUUUUAAAUCUAGUGACAAGUAGAGACUUCCUGCAACGAUGUGGUCAUAUAAAUAGUACAGGAAAAGUAAUGUCUUACAGUUUUCUUUUUAAAGGUCACUCUUAAAGAUUUCGGCCGCAGAAUCAAAAGUUGUAGCAACCUAGUAAAGCAUAAUAGUACAAACAGUAUCGCAGGACUAAGAAUUACUUCUGCGCGUUGUUCCUGUCCGCGUAGUACUUUUCAGUACGUGUUUUUAAUCCUGAAUGGCUACUCUUAAGGAUCCAAUUCACUAGUCAGGGGCACCCAACGAGAAUAUAGUUCAAAACCACUUAAACAUAGCAUUGUCAAACGUAUUUUAGUAUUUAAACGGUAGAUAAAGGCAUAUUUUUAUCCCCUAAAAAUUUUUCAUCUGUUCGGAUUUCCUAGCUGAAAGUCUAAUGAUCCGAAAAUUAUAGGGACCAAAACUUAACUUUUCGAAAAUUCCAGCCAGAAAAAAGGCUCCCGAAAAUUCUAGGUGACCUUUUUAGAGUAAAACUCCUUUAAAAAUAGGCAAUUAUACCAUUAUUUAGAUGUUCGAAAAUCCUAGGAGAGGCAGGCAAGCAAAAAAUUUUACAACAAAUGUUCCAAAAAUUGUAGAUCUCAAAUAUUCUUCCGAACAGACAUUUUCCGAAAUUGUCGUUGGGUGCCCCUGACUAGUCUACUCAAGAGUUAGGCCCAGUCUCCACAAAUCCAGAUAUUUUUGAAACCGCAGAUUUUUUUACGCGUAUCGGCCUUCCGUCCAAACGAAUCCAGUGAGUCCCCUCAACGAAAUGGCAUCUGUUUGAAGAUUUUUGAAACCGCUUUUUUGGAUGGGACGGAGCGAAGUCGUGUAGACGAUUAGAACGGGAUGUUUUCGAUUUCAAACCCCUUGAACAGCGUUAAAUUUCAGUCACAGAUUCAAAAGCUAGAAACACCUUGUACAGCAGCCAUAAUAAACAGUACCACGGGGGAAGUUCUACUCAGUAGCUUUCAUUUCAGUGUUAACACCUUACGUCUCAUUAACAGGCUCAAAACGUUACAUGAAAUGACGGACGGCCUCUUGAAGUUUAUGACUUAAGUAAAGUGGUCUCGAAUAUAGAACAUUUUCGUUUAUUAGUUUUAUCCAACACCUGUACGGUGCGCGGAUCAAGUUGUCUUUACUGUUUAAAAUGUAGCCGAUUUGGCCUUAAAUUAAAUAGACUACCUGCUGUUCAACUGGUACCACAAACACAAAUUUUUUUGUGUGUUUAUUGUCCUACUGUUUCUUUUGUUUGUCUGAAAGCUGAUACAAGCAACCUGAUACAAACAUAAAGUAGAUAAAAUAAUAUCUCCAAGGGAAAAGUCGACAUAACAACUAAGACGGCUAUCCAAGAAAUUUAACCCAAACUGGACACAUUUCACCAAAGGCGUAUAGAUGUCACAAUGGUGGGCAGGUUUGACCUGCUGCCGAGUUUACGGUGCUGUAGUUUACACUUCUCUGGCUUUAUGUGGACACAACGAAGACUCUGGCUGAUCAAGACUUGGACUUGAUGAAAGAAUUUCUGGCAUAACUUUCAGCAUAGCGUAAGAACUCUUGGCGUUUUCUGACAAACCGUCAUAACUGCACGUCAAACAGUCCGUUCAAGGGCAAAACUCUCGAGAUUUUUUUUAUAAGGUCUGGCACUGAUAUCAGUCGCUGACAAAUCAUUCAGAGGUUGAAUUGACAGUUGAGAGAGCUCAGCUCAACACAAGACAAGAAAUGCUUCGACAAGUCAUUUUUCCAGUGCUAUGGGAAAAUUUUAAGUCUUACGCUGAAGGUCGCGUCGAUGGACUACGACAAAUUUGCGCGCCUCAUUGUAGAACAAUUUUCGCCCAUUUCCUCUAUUUUAGCACCUUCUUUAUGUUCGGUAUGUCAGUAGGAAUGGCUGGGCCGACUCUCACGGAUUAUUUGAUUUCAUUUUUUGAAAAUAUUGACAUAAUUGAUGCCCUCGCCUGGCUAUUGUUUACGCAGUCUACUUUUCGCUUCGUAGGCGCCAUUGUUGCUGGUUUCCUCGUUGACAGGUAAAACCGGUUUUUCUUACUUGGUUGCAGACUCAGCAGGUUUAAGAGUGAUCCCUUCUAGAUUUUCAUCUUUGAAAGCCCGUGAUUCCAAGUCUGCUUCUGUUGUCGCCUUAGUUCUGUACGCAUUGAAAAUCUUUUUCAUGGUGUCCAGGAAUUACCCUUUACGAUAGACUAGCAUGCACUCGGGCAUCUUUGCGGACGCAUUACAUUUAAACCUCUUCAUUGUGUUUCAUUCUGAGAAAUCGAAUUAAGAACUAGCCAUGCAAACUCCUUAGCAAGUUAUCUUGAUUUUCCUAUAAAGUGUCCUGUUCAAAUAGUAAAAUAAAAAAAUAAUCCAUAUAACUUAGUUGGCCAUUGAUAAUAAGUGUGGACGACAAAUGCAAGACGACUAUUUGCAUUGUGUGCUUGUACGCAGGAUUUUAGCCCGCGCACACCAGUGCAACGCAUGCGCGCGCACGAACUUUUAAGGGUGUAAACUGCGAUUUUAGUCCCACUUAAGGUGUACAGGAUGGAAAGUCAAACUUUUAAGUCUGUGCAUGAAAUCCUAAAGUGUGACCAUUCAAAUGAAAGCUACUGAGCAGUACUUUCCCGUGGUACUGUUUAUUAUGCUGUUCAAGGUAGUUCUAACUUUUUUGAGUCUGGAGAUGAUAUCCAAAAGGGCGACCAUUCAAAUAAGAGUUCCGUAGCAGUACUUUUCUGGGCACUGUUUACUAUUCUGUGCAAAGUGGUUGUAACUUGUGAGUCGGUGACCGAAAUCUUAAAGUGUGACCAUUCAAAUGAAAGCUACCGAGAAGCAGUUUCCUAAAAUAAUUAUUUUACUUGUAAAGGAAUAUUUAAUGUACUUUUUUCUUUUCUCCUCAGAUAUGAUAUAAAUCGUAACUUUAUGCUUCUGUGCUUUCUGUUACUGAACGCUAUUUUUCUGGCCGUGAUUCCAAUAUGUCGGACAUUAUGGCUGCUGAUUUUGUCAACAGCGGCGGCGGGAUUCUCAGUUGGAAUUUUAGACACCGCUACUAACGUACAGCUUAUUGGGAUUCAUGGCAAGAAGGUAAAAUAGUCUUAGUUUUUAACAUGACGAGGUUUAAAAUCCCAGCAUAGGAAACUCAUCGAAUCCAUCAUGGCAUCUUAGGUUAUCAAGUGAUGCACUCGACGUUUUGUCACGUGAUUUUUACUCUAAAUCACGUGGCAUAAAGUCCCGAAAGAUCGCAGGAACUUGGCAGCCAGCGUCCCUGUUCAAUGUUCCUCUAUUUAGAAUUCCAAUCAUCGAAACAUUUGCCUUUUUCUCGAGAGUUCAACAAAUGGACGGAUGUUUACUCGCAAACAUUUUUCAAGAAUCAAAACUUUUGCAAUUUACCCUUCAUGUGGUAUUAUCCUGUAUUCUUGCUUUUUUUGAUGCGGGCUAUUUCGUCAUAGCAUAACGUGCGAACUAGUACUCUUCCACCACAUGAUUUUCUCACGGAAACAGCUGAGUCCACAACCUCGUAGGGCGGGUAGGAGAGAACCCUGGAAACGAGGUUGCUGAGUCCAACCGCGCCGCGCCGCUGUCUUUGCGCGACCUCAAUGGUCCCCUUCAUUCGGCCUACUAUUUCACGCUCCACGUCAGCCAUAGAACAAUACAGAAUAAUUGUCAACAUCUUUCUUAUAACAAUGGCUGGUCAUUAAUUAGCUGGCGGAUUUAGGCAAACCACAAAUGGGGAAAUAUUUUGAAUGAAUGGUAAUUACAGUUAUCUGUACGUAUUGAAAGUUUCCCGCAUGACAAUCAAACAGUUCUCGCUUAUAAUUAUUCCACACUUGGCUAAUAUUCAAUUUCCCUUUUAUUUCUGCUUCAGGUUUCUCCUUACUUACAGGUAAGAAGAAUUGUCCAGUUAUUAUUAUUAUUAUUAUUGUUAUUAUUGUCACCAUUAUUAAUAGAAAUUUGUACCGCGCAGUUUCUAUGAGAAUAUUCAACUGCGCCUAGUUAGUUAGCUUCCUUCCUAUUCUUAAAACGAGAUAUAAUCUUGUUACUGUUGUUAUUUCUUUUUUCAGGCUCUUUAUUUUUCGUACGGCUUUGGUGCAUUCGUGAGCCCGCUAAUAGCAGAACCUUUUCUCAGUGGUACUCCCCAUCCAGAUAUCGGGCUGCCGGCGGCCAAGAGGGGGAAUCCGCUACCCUACGGUGGAAUGGGACAUCGUGGGCACCAUCAUUUAUCACACAGACCAACCAAUCACAUGAGAGACACUUUCUAUACUGAGCCAGAAAAAUAUAAGAGCGAAGUUCAAGUAGCUUAUUGGAUUAUAGCUUUAGCACAUGUAAGUUAUUAAGUUCUCAAGAUGUCCUACAGUAUCUCCGAAAUGGAAAAAGGGUUUCUUAAGUGAGCAAUGUGUAUCGAUAAAGUAAUUAGAGAUAUUUUCUACUAUCAUUCGAUGUAAAUUUUUCUUCCUUUUCAUUGGCCGAGAACCAACCACGUGACCUGCAAAUAACUGCCUACAAAUAAUGGUCUGCUCAUGCGCAAUGUCGUCCAGCUAUGGUUGGCUGCAAAUAAUAUUCUACUCAUACGUAAAUGUGAAAGCACGCUUUUCUCCUUCUUGCGAUCGCUCUUGCGUGAAAAUCGCAGCUUCCCGAAGAUAUUUAUCAAAAAACAAACUCGGUGACUGAAUGAUAAAUCAAUUAUCCGUAAUUCAUAAUCGCUUUUACACUCGACUUUCUUGAUGGUUAACUGCAUUGGCCAUUUUGAAGUUGCUCAGGAGACUGGGUCAGGUUGCAUUAUAGAAAUGUUUCGGGGAAGUUAUGGCUUCUUUUUUGGGGCUUACGAGGUUGCGCAGGGAACUGGGUCAAAAUUUUUCCCUUCAAAACAGACCCAUGAAGCAUUUCGUCACCAUCGAGUCCUAAUCGAUUGUAACUUUAAAAUGUCCAAUGGCUAGAGACGGACAGCUGCCUUAGACGUAUGUCUCGAGGUGCAAUUGACCUCUGCCGCUCGUCAGCGGUUUUCUAUGACUCUCUUUAAAACAGCACUAUGUAAGUAGCACACUCCUGCUUUUCUCAACGAUGUCCUUCUUAGAGAGAGUUGAUUUAAAGGGUCUGCAACAAUACAGAUAGUUACAGAAACAACUUAACUUUCUAUAAUUUACGAGACAUUUUUCGACGAUACAUCCGCUAUCAACAGUGUUAAAUACUUUGAAAUUACCGUUGAAUUGAAAUCGCGGACAAAGUUCGUUACAUUGCGUUUUAAGUAUUGCGUACUUGAAAGUUUAAAAAAUUGACUUCACUGAACUUACAGUGAGAUAGUUAGGCUUAAAUGUUACAUCUGUUGAUUGAGUCUGGUUUCCUUAAGCUUAACUUGAAACUUAGUAGCCGCAGAUUCAAGGAUCUCGCUCGCAGCAAUCCGCUGAGCAGGACCGAUUUCGACAGGAACAGGGACUCUGCGGAUAUCUACUUAUCACAUACUAAUUUGUUUCUAUUCGUAUAUAGUUACCAGUUGUUAUAGGUCUGGCAUAUAUUGUCAUAACAGACAAGUGGGAGGAACACAGAUUAAAAACUCAAGCUGCCAGCAAAACAGAAAGCAAAGAUAGCACUUCUGAAAACCCCGAUGGAGAUAUAGAAGGUAAAAUUUUGCGCUUAAUUCGCAGAGAGGUUAGAAAAUCAAGAUAGACCAGCUGCUUUCAGAACUAGCGCGAGAGACUUACGAAGGGCGAGCGGCUAAUGCGUAAGAUGCGUAAAGAAAUGUCCGUAAAUCUGCUUGAUUAUACGACUUCGCUCGCCAUUUGUGGUUCUUAGGCUUACGACUGCUCACGGUUUAUAAUCUUGACGGUGUGUGAGAUGGUAAUUUAACAGGAGAAUAACUUUUAUUAGUGAACAGUUCCCGAUAUACACCCUAUGUGAGUUCCAAAAGAACCCGGCGAAACAACAAUUUGCCUCAUGCAAAUCACAACAGGUACAAUUGAACAGAACUGAAUUAAGUUACUGUAAUAGAUCGUACAUACUGUACGUUGAGAAACUGUCCAGAGCAAAAACUCAAUCUCCCCUAAAAAAACACGUGCAAAUUCUCUUGAGGAAUUUUGUAAAAACAAUACAGAAUUGUAACUACACCGAAACCGGAACCGGAAAUAAACGGUAGCCACACCCUUGAUGGAAUUUUUUCGAGCGACAUGAUGAAGGGCAAUCGGGAGAGGCGAUCGACCAAAGGGAGACGUUGAAUAGGGGCAUGGAUCAAAGAAAGUGGUCGUGAGCAGAGGUUACUGAGUGAGAAUAGGGGGCAAACAAACUCCUACCCAAGGCUUUUCUCUCGAAAACUAAAGCUAUUUUCACAUUGUAACGGAAGAAAGCACACAAAAAGAUAUCUAGUAUAGUAUGAACUAGACUACGAGCAGUCUCCCUUUUUUUAGUCGGUCGAGCGAAAAGCGUGAGACACGACAAUGACCACGCCCACGACAGAAGACGCGUGAAUUCCCUUCGCUAUAUCGAAAGUCUAAGUAUGAACAUUAACGGCACAGAUCUUGGUUGUUUACAUAUAUUAAACACUGUGCCGGAGCGGUUGACCGGGAGGGUUUGGUACACUAAAUCCUAGCCCUCACCUCUGAGUAUUUACUUCCGUUUUAUUGGAUUCCAGUCUUCGCUCGUACUUCUUCACUUAAAGACUUUUUAUAGUUUUCUGGCCCUGUGGAGUCACGUGACAACAUUUGCAUAAUUGAAAAACACCAAAUUGACAGAAAUCACCCAUGAAGUGUUCGGUAAAGUCUCAUCUUUCAAAUGCUUAAGUGCUCAGAGAUAGACCACCACCCAUCACUUUUUGACUGAAUAAUUGGGGGCCCAUGCCUUAAUUUACCUGAGAUUCCGUGACGGUCUGAAUAAUAAUAAUGGAAUUUAUAUAGCGCUUAUACAUCGCUGUUCUAAGCGCUUGAAUACCUGUUGAAACUGCACCAAGGAAUGGCGCAGAACCUAUCCGAUAUGUUUGCUGUGCAUUCGAGAUCAGCGCGGCGCAGCUUUACUCCGUCGCAGAAAUAGCGCCGAGAUCGCGGUUCUCAUGUGAACAGAAUCCCUAUUGCGUGUGAUUUUCGUGCAGGUGAAAAAGCUAUUCGGUAUAUUGUGAAGAGACAAACUUGCCUAGUCCCUGUACGGCGUUUUCCCAGUCCCUGUCGGGAAACAUUUUCGCAUGGACCACGUGACCCGAAACGCUUUGGCCGCGAGGAGAAAUGAGGCCUAGGGACUAGGCAAGAGACAAACUAAGGAAAAAGCUCGGGGGACGAAGUUGAAAAGCAAAUAGGUUCAGCAAUCAUCUACUAGUCACAGAAUGUAAAUUAAGAUUUAUCUUGUCUUUUAGGUUUGCAGAACAAGGUUCACUUAGAUACAGAAACUCUAAGGCCUGGUCUGUGCGAUGACUCAACAAAUAAAACGCAGAUCAUGUGCAUCACAUUCUGGACAUCAUUUUUAGUUUUUCUCUAUGACGGAAUGCAGGUACUGAACUGAUAACUUGGUAGGACGAUUUUGUAUUGAAAGAAGUUCAUCUAUUGAUCUGUGAAGAUGCGGUGCUGUGGUAGUAAAUAAUUAGAUUUUGCUGACUGGUUUGAGGGACUUUCGCGCCCAGAUCGUUCUAAAAAUAAUUAAAGUUGUCGUUGAAAACGCCGUGACAAGAGUAAAUGAAAGAUGCUCUCUAAGUCAUGAACUCCUGGCCCAUAAGAGGAUGUUAAUCCCCGGGUUACAAGGGACGCCGGGAAUAGUAGGGACCAAUCAUAUAUCUUCUCUUUUUACCUCCCCUUCUCAGGGUUCUUACGGUGGGUACGUUUAUACCUAUGCAGUCAAGAGUCCUUUGCGAAUGACGUCAGCACAGGGUGCCUUUCUUACUUCUGUAUUUUGGGUGAGUAUGGGCACAGGAUGCCUUUCUUACUUCUGUGUGUGUUUUAGAACUUUUUUCUUUCGAAAAGUCGGGAAAUGUAUCGUUCUUUAGGUAGAGAUCUCGACACAGCUAUAAGUCGAAUACUCAGAAUUCAUAAGUCAAGAUGACAUAAAAGUAAUUCUCGGAUAAGGACGACAAACCGUUGGCCCUGUCUCAUAACCCUCGUACUUAUAAAUUCUGUUGGACGCUAAAGAACCCACACGCUGUUUGUAAGGAGUAGGUAACGUACGCCCCGGUGAGGUGGACUAUCUUUUUCGGGCCCGCAGUAAUUAGCAGUCAUAGGCUGUUACUUUGACCCUUCCAAAUUGGCGAACCUGAGUAACUAAAGUACUUAAUUUCAUUCCUUCAGUCGAUACUUUGUGUUAUAGGAAGAUAUCUCACGAUGAGAGCCGAGACCUCGUCGCAUUAUAAGCGCUUCAACAUGCUGAUCUCCAUUUGACAACUCAUCAAAUUUCAAGCAAUCACUCGCGCGCGACUCGUAAAAAACCUAGGCGGUCUAGUUCUUCUAGAGCGAUUCGCGAACAGACAUGGCCCGAAUGUCCUAUUUAUCAAUUUAUCUAUUAAUCACUUACUUAAUUUUUUUUUUUGUCUUCAGGGUUCUCUCGCCUUGGGUCGUCUUGUUUCGAUACCUAUCGCCCUUUUCUUGUCUCCUGCAAUUAUGCUUCUCGUCGACCUGGUAGGUUAGAUAUAUAGAGAGAUAGAGAGAUAGAUAGAUAGAUAGAUAGAUAGAUAGAUAGAUGGAUGGAUGGAUGGAUGGAUGGAUGGAUGGAUGGAUGGAUGGAUGGAUGGAUGGAUGGAUGGAUGGAUGGAUGGAUGGAUGGAUGGAUGGAUGGAUAGAUAGAUAGAUAGUUUAUUUAUAAUUACAUCGCAACCGAGAGGUUGAAUUAGGCGAUUAUUUACAAAUAAUUAUGAUUACUUAAAAAUACUACCACUAAUAAGCAAAUCUAAAAAACAUAAAAAAAAAAAAAACGAAAUCGACAUGAUAAAAAGCAAUCGAGACUUCUGAAACUAUAGAUCGGGAACACAGUUUAAGCUUUGAGGGCGUUGGACAUAAUAAAACUAUUACGGAAUCUGUUGGUCUUGAAAACGGACCUCAAUUCCCGUGUGUUUCUUAGGCUCGACCUCCAGGUAUUAAAUACCUUAAAUUAAAUCCGUAAAUUUCAUGAGAUCUUCAAUAUCCUUCCUAAUAAUCCACACUGGUGGAAAAAGGAAGAAAAAGAAGUGCUUCAAAGCUAAGCUGAAUUAACCAAAAACCCGCGAAAUGCACGGAAAAACGUGCAAAGCGUGUUUAUAGCUACGUGAUCACGAAGGACGUUCAGUCCGUGCUAAUCGCAUGGGUAGUCAAAGAAAAACGUACAGUUCAUGAAAAGAGCCAAAAUACACGGUGACAAGCUCGAGAAAAGAAAACAUAUAAAUGCAAAGUGAGAGGGAAAAUCAUGGUGUACAGGCGAUGCUGCGGUGGCCCACGCUAAACUUAAUAAAAACCAUUAUUUUACCAAAAUUGUUACUUAAAUACGCAAAUAAUGUUAUUUGGCCGCGCGUGAAACAAGUAUUAUGGACUCAAAAUUUGCUUUCUUUUAAGAUAUGGUAAAACGGACAACAAAAACGUACAUUUUAUUCCAGUCGCAACGUUGCUGCAAAACGUGUUGAAUAGCAAUGUUAAUUUUUGAGAGUUUUAGCACCCACGAAUAAAAUCUCUCUUACAACAAAUGAAGUUGUUACAGGUCGCGAAAAGUUGUUGUUGCAAGACAUGAUAACAAGUGAGUAGUAAAACUCGAAAUAUCGCCUUUCAAUUGUUGCAAAAAAAAUGCGCGUUUGCGUACCCGUUUUUACGGUAGCUUUACCCAAGAACCUAAAACAUUUUUACCUCCCACAUGCGGUAUUUUGUUCAGAAACGAGCGGUUCCUAGUUUAGUACAAACCUAAAGAUCCAAGGACGGUGACGGUUGUUUAAAUGUCGCUUAAAAAGUGAGUUCGCGUUCUUUCGAUCUUGAAAGUUCAUUGCUAUUAUUCCAAAUCACUUACUUUGUCAAAUGUAGGCGAACACUCCUGGAGUUGAGGAACCAUAUCCAAGUUCAGUAAGAGAAAGAAAAUUUAGUGGAGGCUUGUUUACGUCCUCCACAAAACGUGUAAUUAGGCAUUUUCACGUCUUAGUCGUGCACUGACGUCAAAGCAAUGUACAAAAAAGUGUGAUGCACGUGCAAAAUUGUUAGUUUGCUUAUUUUCUUACUCGGGACGAUUCGCAACGGCGAUUUUUAGCACAACACAGCGUUGGAAUAUUGCGAAAUUGAUUCAAAUGGUAGAAGCAUUGUUUCAACAUUCAAAUGCUGUGUUGCGCAAAAAAUCGUCGUUGCCAAGCGUCUCCUGUAUAAACAUCACCUUAAAACCAAUUGCUCUUUUUUUACUUUUCUCGUUCCCGUCGAUGUUUUCGUAUCUAAAGGCCCCUAACAAUCGCGUUAAAGGGAACAAUGCUUCCGCACAAUACUACUUGCUCAGAAAAUGUCAUUAGGAUUAAACAAACUAUUUAUGUCGAAUUAUUGCAAACUGUUUGAUUACUUGCUUUUGUGGUUUAUUUUCCAGAUUGGUUGCUUGGUUUCUAGUUUAUUAAUGUUAAUCUUUAGAGCAAGUGAGUCUGCGCUGUGGAUGGGUACUAGCACAUUUGGUCUUUUCAUGAGCAACGUGUUUCCCACAAGUGUGGCACUAGCUGAGCAGUAUUUUAAUGUUACAGGUACCUUGUGCUUUAGUAAUAGUGGGUGUUGCAUUUCCCCAGACAGUUUCCGUAGUGGAACGCUGACCCAUUUUGGAGUCAAUGCGGUAAAGACGGUUGAAGUCUGGCAGCAUUGCACCACCGUACCUAGGGUUGGUUAGCCACCCGAAACACAGAAACAUUCAGUAUCUUUCUCUAUAAUGAGAAUCACUUCUUGACAUAAUGAUCAUGAAGUUGGGGGAAAACUCAUAGCACUGUAGUAAUUUGUAAAAUAUUUAAAAAAAACCGGAGAAGGGUUAUAGGAAGAAGGGACCUUUGCAAAAAGUUCAAAUAUAAACCUAUUUGGAAAAAGUUAACAUGGCAAAUGGUUUGGUUACAUGUAUACUGGAACGCGAACCAAAGAUCCCCAAAAUGCAAAACCGAUGCACUGGCUAUAAUCGACCACGAAAAGUGCCAGCGUGUCUGUUUUUUUGGUUUUGUCCUCUACCUGCUAAUCCUCAUUAAUUGUACUGUAUGUGGAGCCAUAACCCCGAGUCACCAUACGACAGCUUUCCCGACGUUGACGGUCGGCUAUUCCCUGCAAACAGAAGGUUAUCUUCAGUCGAACCUGCUUUAACGUACACCUCCCCUAAGCGGACAAUUGUUCUGAUUCCAUGGGUAUCCGCUUUCGAAGAGGUUCCACUGUAUCAACACUCUGAUGCUAUACACAUUGCGGACCUAUUCUGGACCUCUUGCUGACCUAGAAGUUACCUAACGCUAUAUUCGCACUAUAUCAGCUGGCUUUUGCGCCGGCACGAAAACCAUACCGAAUAGGGCUUCUAACACACGAGAACGAUGAUUUUCGCGCGAUUUCUGUAACGGAGUGAAACUGCGACGUGCCGGUCUCUAAGGUGGAGAGUCAAAUAUCGGAUAGGUUUUUAUACUAUAAGGGAUACCUUUCCGUGAUGCCACGAAAAGCUACUCGGUAUGUUGUGAACAUAACCUAAGAGUUCACUGUACUUACGCACUUGUUAGCAUAGAGCCUGUUAAGUUUUAUCCUUGAAAACCCGCUGAUUUAAUGCUCAUCUUUUUUCCCAUUCCUUUUUUAGGUACAGUGACUUGUAUGUUUGUUGUGAGCGCCGCUAUUGGAGAGAUGAUUAUACCACUCAUCGUGGGUAAAGUGUUCGACUAUGUGGGAGCGAUCAGUUUUCUGGCUGAGGGCUGCAUUCUAUGUUUCGCCGCAUUUGGCGCUUACCUAGCAGUAUUAAUUAUUGGAAAAGGAACAGCGUCUCACGAGAGGAAAAGAGAAGGUAAAAUAUGUUCACAAAUGUAUAUUGAAUAA